AAGGUAGUUCUGGAUCAAGCAGAGUAACACUAUCAGUUUAUCAUCAUGCAGUCUUCCACUUUCCUGAUGGCCAUUUUGGUGGUUGCCCUGGUCAUGUUGUUCAGCACUCCAGCAACUGAGGCCACCUUCCUUCUGAUUGCCUGCAUGUUGCGUUCACCGCUUUGCCCGUGGAUUACCACCGCAUCCACCACCACGGGCACCACUGCCUGAUAACUUGGUUCUAUUACCAGUAAACCACAGGACAUAUAUAUUUGGAAAAUGAAAAUAAAAUAAGCCAUUUUAGUUGCACUAAAGUAAA